AUGGCUUCAAAUUCGAUUUCUUCGAAUUCAAGUACUGGUAGUCCUGGAAAUGAGAUUGUACCUGCAACACAGCAAGGAGAAGAAAAUGAAGAAGGUCAAUCGCAUCAUCAUACCACCACGAAGAAAGGUGCUACAAAGAAAGUUGCUGCAAAGAGAAAGAGGGCAGAGAAAGUUGAGAAACAAAAGAAGUCUAAGGAGAGAAGUUGGAUUUGGAGACAUUUCACGAAGGAAGAUCACCCCAUUAUGGAGAUUGUUGAUGGAACUGAGCAGAUUGUUGGGCACACCACAAGAGCACAAUGUAAGUAUUGUCCUACUCACCUAGCAUGUAAUUCGACUAGUAAUGGAACUAGUUCUCUGAUUAAACACAUAGAACAAAUAUGCAAGGAAUACCCGGGUAGGAAUGAAUUGGCAGGGGGUCAAACUCAGCUUGUUGUUGAUGAUUUGGAUGAAAGUUUGGUAGCUAGGCAGUGGACUCAAGAAGCUUGCAUUCAAGCUGCUACGGUUAUGAUAGUGAUGGAUGAAAUGCCCUUUAGUGCCAUAGAAAGACCAGGGUUUAAGUAUUUCUAUAAGGUGGCUAUUCCGAAAUGGAAAAUUCCUUGUAGGAAGGUUAUUGUGAAAAUUUUUUUGAAAAUGUAUGAGUCCAAGAAGGAAGAGCUUAGAAUGGAAUUAAGUAGUCAUUGUGUGUGCUUGACAACCGAUACUUGGACAUCCCUUCAAAACAUCAACUAUAUGGUCUUAACUGCCCAUUUCAUAGAUAAUGGGUGGAAAUUGCACAAGAGAGUUCUCAAUUUUUGUGUAAUUCCAAAUCAUCAAGGAGUUACAAUCGGAAAAAUUUUGGAGUCAUGUUUGAGGGCUUGUAUAAGAAAUGCAGUUCGCUAUGUUAGAUCAAGCUCAUCAAGAUUAGAUGCAUUCAAGUCUUGUAUUGAAAAAGAGGUGGAUGAUUGCAAGAGGAUUUGUGUGUUGGAUGUUCCAACAAGGUGGAAUUCCACCUACAUUAUGUUGGAUACAGCUUUAGAGCUUAGAAAGGCAUUUGAUAGGCUGCAAGAUGAUGAGGACACCAAGUACAUGUCUUAUUUUGAUGAAGAUGAAGAGGCUGAUGAGGAAGAUGGUGAAGAGCCGGAUGAUUUCAGUGUUGAUUUGUCUGCAAUUAGGAGAAGGGCUUCUAGGAAGAGGGUUGGACCACCUAAUGCGGCAGAUUGGGCAAAGGCAGUGGUGUUUGUGAAGUUUUUGAAAGUGUUUUAUAAUGUAACAUUGAGUGUUAGUGCCACAAAACACCCUACCUCACCAAAAGCUUUCCAUGAUAUUAUUUCAGUCCAUGCCGAGAUUGAAGAUUUGUUUUGUCAACCUGUGGAUAGCCAUGAUGUUACACAAAAGAUCUUGUUUCAGAUGGCACAGAAGAUGAGGGCCAAGUACCAAAAAUACUAUGGAAAGCUUGAGGACAUUAACCAACUCUUGUUGGUUGCCUUGGUUUUGGAUCCAAGGUAUAAGAUUAGAUACUUUGAAAAUGCGUGCAAGAAGAUGUUGAACAUGGAUGAUUUAGAAAUUAAGAAGAAGAGUGUUGAAUUGAAAGAUUUGGUGAUAAGUUUGACUGAUCUGUAUGCAGCUUCGCUGCCUUCACAGAGUUCACAAAGAACCAAAUCAUCAGAGGUGACCCAAACUGGUGGCAGUAGCAGAUACAAUUCAACUAGAGUUACCGGCAAGAUGGCAGAUAUGCUUGAGGAGUGGGAUAAAGAGCUUGAACAUGGUGAUGCAGUUGUGGUGAACAAUGAGGUUGAUAGGUACCUUCUAGACCCUAUUGAGAAGCCUCCCAAAGGAGUUGAGUUCAAGAUUUUAACAUGGUGGCAGCUUAAUGGCCCUAAAUAUCCCAACCUCCAAGCUGUAGCCAAAGAUGUUCUUGCCAUCCAAGUGUCGACAGUGGCAAGUGAAUCUACAUUUAGCACCGGAAAGAGGGUUAUAGAUCCUCACAGGAGUUCUUUAACUCCUAGAUCAGUUGAGGCAUUAAUUUGCCUUCAGAACUGGCUGAAAUCAGAUUCCAUUACUAGCUUGGCUUAUGUUCCUACUCCGGAGGAAAUGGAAUGGUUUGAAGAUGUGGAACAAGAACAAGAUAAAGAAGAAAGAGAAAGGAAGGAGAAGGAGGCAACUGCAUCAUCGAUUCCUUCAAAGGCUAGUAAGGUCAGCAAGAAUUCCACAACUUCUGAUGCAGCUAAGUCAAAGAAAAAGAGUUCAAGAACCAUCAAAGUGACUGCAUAA